CGUACCUUACCGAGUGGCCUCGACUGACUGGAGUUUGUUUGGCUCACAAGUGAAGGACCCAACCAAGUGUCAAUAUGGCUGGCGAAGAUCCCGUUGAUGUGAUGCCUGAAAUCCGCAAGGCGUGCGAACCCAAGUGCGUCGAAUCGUUCAAGGUGUACCGAGCAUGCGUAGACCGCAUCACGGCCAAGGGCGAAGGCGCUUGCGACGGCCAGUACUUCGACUACCUCAAGUGCAUCGACAAGUGCUCCGUGCCCCAAAUCUUUAAGCAUUUGAAAUAGAAAGCAUCCUCCUCUCCCGGGGACUGGAGUAGAAGAGACAAUGCGUUCCGCACUGCCGACGCGCGCGUUUCAUUGUGGUUCAACCUGCCAAUGUUUUUCAGUGUGCGUGGUUGCAUGUAUGAGCCCGUCCCCGUGAAAUAUUGCGUCGUACUUCGACCCACAAG